AGAACAUCGUAGGGGAAUACUAAUGUGACACAAACCGGCUGCAGGGAUAUCAAUUUGAACUGUGCUUUAGGCUUAACGCGCGCCCCUUGCUCCGAUGCAACUUUGUCCAAGUCCAUGGAAACCCAGUGAGUCAGUCCGUGCACCCGAGGCGGCGUGACAAGUUUGAGAGAAGGGGAGAAAAAAAAAGGAGACUCGCAUCACUAUUUUUAAAUGUGAGAUUUUGGGGGGCGUGGACGGCAGAGGAGCAGCGCUGAGCAUGUUGGCUCCUGGCUGCACUUCCAGUGUGGUGAUGUGCCGGCUGGAGAAAGUACCGGACUACGCGUAGACUGAGCGAUCCGACGCGGAACUGUUUUUGUUUCUGUCACACAGAUUUCUGUUAUUUUGGAAGCCUCCUUUUCAAUUCAUGUGGAUUUAUUUCAUCACUGCGCUGCCGUUUGGCCAUACAAAGGACUUUAAAGGAAGGAGAAUAAUCCGUGAAAACGUUUUUUGAAGACGCAGCAGACGGCGUGCGUAACGGACAAAAUCUGGUCGAGCAGCUAUUUGAAUGACAAUAGUUUGAGGCAACUGCGCUCUUAUCUGUUAAAGGAAUAAUCACUGCGCAUGGUGAGUCACCGUGGGAGAGUAAAUUUGACGUUGGAAUGACAUUUGGGAUUUGUCAAGUGGAGCUGGAGUGAUUUUCAUUUGUAAAUAUUGACAGGUGUUACAUUCAUUCUGACUGUGCCAGGCUAAGAAUUUAAAUCACUUAGAGCUCUGUAUUUAUGGCUGAAAACAACGCGGACUGUUGAGGAUGGAUUUGUAACUAAACCUUGGGUAUGGAUGAUCAACAUAUUGUUUAAUUCAGUCAUCUUCACUCCCCAAACACUCAGUGAAAGCGCACAUUUCUAUGAUCAACCUUAUGAUGCGUCUUAGGCGCCGGAUGGGAGCGUAAGCAUCACUUCAGUGUCUCCUAUCCGAGUUAUAGCCGAUCUGAUAAGAGCCAAAAUGACAACCAACGGACCUGUCAUCGUCUACGAGUGGCUGAAGACCCUGCAGCUCUCCCAGUACGUGGAGGCUUUCGUGGAUAAUGGAUACGACGAUCUGGAGGUUUGCAAACAGAUUGGAGACCCGGACCUGGAUGCCAUCGGCGUGUACAUCCCUCACCACCGGCAGAGGAUCCACGACGCGGUCAGGAGGCUCAAAGAUGAAGCCCAGGAGACAGCCAGCGGACUCUACUUCACUCUGGAGCCCAUGCCACCCGCGGCUGACAUUUACACCAGCCACAUGAUGGACCAGUACGAGUCCAGACUGCGGGGGUCCAAAUCUUGGACUGAGCCCAACAGUGACCGUGUGGGGCGUAACGGUGGGUACAUGGGCGCGCAGAGGAACCUGACGCUGGGCAACAGGAGGGAGCUGGUGGUUUAUCCAAAGUUGAAGCUGAAGAUCAUGAUCAGGGAUAAGCUCAUCAGAGAUGGCAUCAACCUCGCCAAGCCGCCCUACUCUAAUAAGGAUGGUUCUCUGGGCAACAUAGAUGACCUUGCCCAGGAGUACUCUGAGUACUACAACACCUGCUUCAGUGACGUCAACGACCGCAUGGAGGAACUACGCAAAAGACGAGUUUCCCAGGAUCUCGACAUGGAGAAACAGGACCCAAGCAGCACAUCCCUGCAGCUCCGCACAGAGAUCCAGGAGUCCUUGGGCUUCAGCAGUGAAGUGUCCACUCCAGAAACAGACAGAAAAAUGCCUCUGCAGAAAUCCAGCUCUGAAGAUGGAUCUGGAGGUAAAUGGGACAAUAAGAAGAAAAACAAAUCCUUUUGGCAGAACUUCCGCAAGUCUCAGCACAAACCAGUCAUGAGGCAGACAUCCAAAGGAGAAGACAUAGGCUAUGUGGCCAGUGAGAUCACCAUGAGUGAUGAAGAGCGAAUCCAGCUUAUGAUGAUGGUGAAAGAAAAGAUGAUUACAGUUGAAGAAGCUCUCGCUCGGCUGAAGGAGUAUGAGCGCAGCAGACAGUCCAGCAGUUCUGAAACUGCAGAGUGGACUGAAGGAUCUGCAGCCAAUCUAAACCAGUCCUCAAACUGCAAUCAGUCCCGUGAGCAGUCGGACGAUGAGCAAUCAGAGGACUCUGUGAAGUUCAAACGGCUUCACAAGCUGGUUAACUCGACACGCCGGGUCAGGAAGAAACUCAUCAAGGUAGAGGAGGGCAAGAAGCACGGCUCUGAAGAUUUUCUAAAUCUGGAGUCAACCCCCACCUGUGAGGACAACACCGCUCUGUAUACAGGGGUCCUAAAAAAGCCCCCUCUACCCCAGGAGAUCUCCCUGCCCUCCCUCACCCAGGACCAACUCUCUCUGGAUGGAGAUACAGACAGUCUGACCAACUCCCCUUCCUCCAGCAGCUUGGACACUUGGUCCGGACACAAGCUGGUCAAAACCUUCAGUAAGUCAUCCAGCACCCACGGCCUCAUCCGGCCCCCGAAAAGAACCCCAGUUGGCUCGGGGGGCCUGGGAGGCUCCAUCUCCGGCGUAGGAGGGAGCGGCUCUUCCUUCUCUGAGCUGGAUGGAUGUGGAUUGGACGACGAGGGAAAGCUGUCACGCUCUACGACCGACGGCGAGAUGCGGAAGGCCUUGAGCUCCAUCUCCCAUGGGAGAACAUGCAGCUUCGGGGGCUUUGACCUGUCCAACCGCUCGCUUCACGUGGUCAACGCGGGCUCGGAGGGCAAUAAUAAAGAUCAGGAAGCCAUAUACCGGGAAGUGGUCAAAUCCCCCACCACGUCUCGCAUCUCUCUGGGCAAGAAGGUCAAGUCGGUCAAGGAGACGAUGAGGAAACGCAUGUCGAAGAAGUACAGCAGCUCCUUGUCAGAACAGUCAAGUCCAGAUGGAACCCCUGGCUCCCCUCAGUCCCCGCAGCCUGACACCGACUCUCUGGAGAAGCCGAAGCUGAAGGCCGGAGGCUCUGUGGAAAGUCUGCGUAGUUCACUCAGCGGACAAAGUUCUAUGAGUGGUCAGACAGUGAGCACCACGGACUCGUCAGCCAGUAACAGAGAAAGUGUGAAGUCAGAGGACGGUGAUGAUGAAGAGCCGCCUUAUAGAGGACCGUUCUGUGGCCGAGCUCGAGUCCAUACAGACUUCACACCCAGCCCGUAUGACACAGACUCCCUCAAACUCAAGCGUGGUGAUGUGAUUGACAUUAUCAGUAAGCCGCCCAUGGGUACAUGGAUGGGCCUCCUGAACAACAAAGUGGGCACGUUUAAGUUCAUCUAUGUGGAUGUGCUGAGUGAAGAAGAGGAGAAGCCCAAAAGGCCUGUGAGGAGGAGGAGGAAGGGUCGACCACCCAAACCUUCAUCAGUGGAGGACCUGCUGGAGCGUAUUAAUCUCAAGGAGCACAUGCCCACUUUCCUGUUUAACGGCUAUGAGGACCUGGACACGUUCAAGCUGCUGGAAGAGGAGGACCUGGAUGAGCUGAACAUCAAAGAUCCCCAGCAUAGAGCUGUGCUGCUUACUGCUGUAGAACUGCUGCAGGAGUAUGACAGUAGCAGCGACCCGGAGCGCAGCGGCCUGUCAGGCUCCCAGGAGAAGCUGCUGUCUGAGGGACAGGGCCUGGUGGGAGACUCUCCGCGAGACUCUGGCUGCUAUGAGAGCAAUGAGAACCUGGAGAAUGGCAAAAGCAGAAAGACCUCCCGUUCCAGUCGUUCUUCAGCAGGCCUCCAGUCCCCGGAUUACCCCACCCUCCCCAUGACUCUAUCAACAGAAGCUCUGCAACAGAACAACAAGAACCAGCGCACAAAGUUCCCAAAAAGCUUCUUCAUCAAACCCACCCUGAAGGGCUUCAACUUACUAGGGCUGCGUAGAACCCAGAGACGGUCCCCAAUCCCGGCCAGCCGCAGCUGUGAGGACCUGGAUGGACCUCCACAGCCCACUGGUCCCUUGAAACGCUCCCACUCUCUGGGAGAUCUGAACUGGGAACAGAACUUUGAGCAGAAGGAUCUGGAGUUGGAGUUUAAGCUUGCAAAGGAGGGACUCAAAUCCGGCAACAGUAGCCCAAACAAGGUCUGUAGAGAGGAGGGUUCCCAAAACCAGAAUGGGGCUCCGAUACUGACCCCAAAACGAAGGGCUGACAGGCCACCUGUCCCCUCCCAGCUGCCUCUCCACCCCACUUGUGCAACAUCUCGGUGCCCACAUCCCCCAGAACCCCUCUCAAGUCCGACUCCAAGUCCGCCUGAGUCAAGCGGGGAGAGGGUCAUCCGGACUCACCUGAAAAAGCCUCCGGUCCCUCCUCCUGUUCCCGCCAAAAAGUCCAGGGAAAGACUAGCAAACGGCCUGCGUCACUCGCCUCUCUCCCUGCCCUCUUCACCAUCUCCCACUCCCUCACCCACCCACUCCUUCACCCGCUCUCAACCCAGCAGCCCCAUAAUCCGUAGCAGCAGCAGCAGCCCAAGCCCGAGUGCCCCGGCUCUGCCAGCCAAGACCCUGAGCAACCCUGCCAGCCCCUGCGCCACCACUUCGUCUGCCUCAUCCAUGGGUGAUGAGCCAGGCAGUCCCCGAGCUGUGCAGCCUCCAUGGAUGUCAGAUUUUGGAGGGAAGGUGGCAGUUUCCAGGAAGGUUUCCCAUACUAAGAUGAGCCCUGACCUGCUCACCCUCCUGGAACAACGGCUGGAGGCUGAGGGCAUCGAUUUGACAGAGGAGCCGUACUCUGACAAGCAUGGGCGGUGUGGAAUCCCCCAGCCGCUGGUGCAGCGUUACUCUGAGGAUUUGGAGCAGCCGGUCAAGGACGUGGCCUCCAACAUGGACCAGCUCCGAGUCAGAGAGCUGCGGAAACAACACCGCAUGGCUAUCCCUUCUGGAGGUCUGACAGAGAUGUGCCGGAAGCCCAUGCCCUCAGGGAACAUCAGCACAGUCUCCAAUUGGCUCAUUUCCAUCGGCCUGCCCAUGUACACCACAUCCCUGACGGCAGCGGGGAUCGACACACUGAGCCACGUGGCCUUGCUAACAGAGAGCAGCGUGUGGGAGGCCGGUGUGCGAGAUGAAAAACACGCCCGCAGACUUGUCAGUGAGGCACGAUCGGUCGGCACACACAGAGGGGUGCAGUCCUAACUGUGUGGGCGGAGUCACAAAAACUAACAGGUAUCAAGUCACUGGUCAGUACCAUCUCAUUUAAAAACACGGUCAGUAGGUGGCGAGACGCCGACUGACCACAAGUCUCGGGACAGCAGCACCACAUACUUCCUGUCUCGCACGUGUCAGAAGACUUGAAGUGAGCUCACUCUGCUCUCUGAUUUUCCCUCAUUAUCAUGUUUCUCAAAUGUUUACGGCAUUGAAGAGAAGAGGGUUUUUUUCUCCGAACAGCCAAGACAAGAUGUUUGAUUAUUGCCUUUUUAAGAAAAAAGACUGUAGACUCACUCUGUGGGAUGGCUUCAACUCUGAGGACACCCCCAAAAGUCUUAAAAUAAAGACUUGGAUCUGCCUUGAAGGAAGAUUGCACACUCUUUUGUAGGAUGGAUGUUUUUUAAGAAACAGAGAAAGACAGUUUACUCCCUGCAUAUUUCAUAAGUGCUUCAUUUUCAAGUUUUUGUGGCAGGGGCGACAUUUUCUGAGGGUCUUUUUAAGGAAGUAGCUCAGCCAAAGUGCUCACUCAACUCAUCACUCCCACUUCAGAGAAACGCAACAGACAUUACAUCGGGACUUUCAGACGACUUAAUACACACCAAACUUUGAGUAUCUGCUCGUUUUGAGAUGGCUCGGUUUGUAUUAUUUUUCUGUAUUAUAGCAUAACGCAUAUGUUAAUUUUCAAAUGAUUUAUAUGCUAAAAGUUUUGUUUGCCUUUUGAAUGUUGCAGCCUUACUUUGAGACAAGCUCUCAGUCAUCGCUAAGCUGAAACAGCUAACAUCAUACCUUUUAUAUUUCCAGUAUACUCAACAGUCUAUACUCUUCUUCCCAAAUGCUCUUUUACUCCACUGUCAAAUCUUAAAGCAACAAUACAUUCCCUGUGUAUACAAGCACAUAUUCUGUUGCCUUACCAUUAUAAAUGAAUAGCUUCAUGAAAUCAAAUGUGUAGUUUUAACUAUACCAUGACUGAGGUGAAACUGUGUUAAAGGUGCAAGACUUUGGGAUCUGAAAGUGUCCAAGUCUGAGAAUUACUUGCUUUUUCACGACCACACUACAUUCCUCUGAUGAAUCGUGUUUUCUAUACUUACGAAGCCACAAAAACCACAAGCACGACACAAAUGUCGUCACAUGUUUUAACAUCCCAACAACACUCCCUGUACAUGUUGGCAUGUUGUGGGAUACAGGAGGGAGGAGAGAAUAAGCUCCAAAGACACAGCUGACAUCUGCGCUGUCAUAUCUGGAAUUUAUUGGACUGUCUGAAGUUUUGUUUCAGUGUUGAAGAAUUAUAGCACAAAUGAGCUGUUGGGGACAUUUUAAACACAUCAUGCUGUCUCCUAUAAUCAAUGCUGGACGGGAACUCUGAAAAGGACUUGUGUGAAACGGAGGCGUGGAUGGAAAAGAGCAGUAAUGUCAGGGGACAGGAUGAACACUAUGACACGAAAUAGUCUUGCAAAUCAGGGAAAAUUGUGACCUAACAGCUUGUAACAAAAAAGAAAGGGGGGCAAAAACUGAAGUGAUGACAACAAGAUGCAAGUCUUUGGUAAAAUAAAUACUUUUCCUUGUGUUUCUAACAGUAUAGUAGGCAUAUGACUUAUUUCAAGGAUUUCACAUUCAAAAAUAGGACAAAGUGUUACUGCAAAAACAUGAGGAUGUCUCUUUCUUUCCUUUUUCUUUUUUUAACUGAAGACUUAUUCCAAGGAUUUCAUAUUGAAACAUUUGACCAAGUGUUACUUCUGAAAUUGUAAGGAUGUUUUUUUUUUUUGUAGUGGGCAUUUGAUAGAUAGCAGUUUGAUGCCUUUUUUUUUUUCUCUCCUCUCUCUUUUCAAUCAAAGUGGUGCUCUGAGAAAGGGAGGAAGAAGGGGGCGGGGUCAUUUUCAAAGUAAGAGUCAAAGACCCAACAAGUGUUUUUUUGUAAAGAAUGAAAAUACUGACACUGUAAAUGCACUUUAGAGGGUAAAACUAUCGGUUUUAUAAAAAGAAAAAUUGGCUUCAUUUUGUUCACAGGUCCUUAAGUGGACGUUUGUCGUCAGGUAUAAAGAGUUUCAGUGGGUUAUGCUGGUAUUUUCAUUUAGUAUUGAGUUCCCAAUGCCACGUUUUUUGAACCAUUCACGGGUUAACCUUCUCUACGUCUUCACUUCCAGCUUGUUUUAGCAUUCUUACAAAAAAAAAAACAAUUCUUAAUUACAUAUAUGAAAUGCUUAGCAGAAGUUGCACAUUCUGUAUAUGUAAUUGAUAUUUAAAUAACUUAUUUUUGCUUUUUUUUUCUUAUCACCUGUAAUUAGCUGUACUAUAUGAAUAGCAAUACCUUCCUGCAUAAUGCAUAUUGCUUUAGCCAGUGAGGAACUACAGUAUGUAUUGUAAGAUAUGUGUACAAAUUAUUUUAUUUGGUUUUCAUCUACCUAAUGAUUGUCCAUACAGAUUUGCUUGUGUAUUGAAACAACAAAAAGUAAUGUCCAUAGCUAUUUGUCAUUCUGAAAUACAAUAAAAACUGUUUCUUGCCAUAA